UUGUGUUUUUAUCAUAAUUUGACAAUUGCUUUAUUUAUCAUCAUCAUUAUCAUAAAAAACAAUGGAAAAUGAGACAAUGAUGAACACUGGCAAUCAAUCUGAGAAAGGCUUAAUUAUUGACAAUGAGGAUGAUGGCGAAAUAUCUGAGAAAAUGCCGUCAUCUGAUUCAAAUCAAUCAUCAAAACAAAUAGCAGAAAAAGAUGAGCCACCGAAUAAACGAACUAAACAGGAUCGAUGGAUAUAUUCUACAAUCGAUGAUGGUGGUAAUAAUGAUGGAUUUGAAACCCAACUGAAACCAGAUAAAAAAGACGAUGAUAAUCAAAGUCUUGAUGAAGGUGAAAUUGUCGACGAUGAUGAUGACGAAGUUUGUUUAAAAAAUCAAUCAAAUUCUACUUCAAAAUUACCAAUUGAUGAUGAUGACGAUGAUAAAUUCGAAGAAGGUGAAUGUAAUGAUCAACUAAUCAAAAAUAGCAACGAUAAUGAUAUUGGUAAACAAAAAGACCAAGCUGAUGAAAUUGCAUCAAAUUAUAGUGAUUGGAGUGAAAGUGAAGAUGAUCUACUUAAAGCUGAUAAUACACAACAGGAAUCGAAAAUCGAUACGAUUCAAAAAGUUGACAAAACGACUCUAUCGGUUAAAGGCAACAAUGAUCUUGAAGCAAUAAGCGAUGAUGAUAUCGAUACGAUUGCCGAUGAUAUUUCGAACAACAAUAAGACGGGUGCAAAUGUAGAAAAAUUAUUACAACAAAAAGAAAGCAAUGAAAUUGUGGAAAAAGAUUCAGAAGAAAUUAGCAUUCUGGAUAUAUUGAAAAUUGAUUGGAAAAGUUUGAUCGUUGAAAAUGAAACAAAUAUUGUCAAUAAUGAAACAACAAAUGAUGAUGACUUGAAUCCAGCUGAUAUCAAAUCGACUUUGAACAAAGAUGAAAAAGAAACGAAAAAACAACGUAGUGAAAAAUUUCGACAAAAAAAUUCAACAAUCGCCAUGCUGAAUCGUAUUGGAUUCAGUCAAAAAUUUGCUGGUCCAGAUGUGACCGCAAAAAUCAAUGAUUAUCUAGCACGUGAAUUAGGUGCUGAAACUUAUCGUCCAAUGUUACAUCCAGUACCUGCAUUACAUUCAUUUUAUCUAUCCAAACAACAACACAAUGAUCAUGAUAAAGAUCAUUCCAUCAUAAAAAUGUUACGCUGUAAUCCAUUGUUUGUCAUAAUUUUAUUUAUUAUUGUUGUUGUUAUUUCAUUGCCUACUGAAGCAACAUAUCAUUAUGGAAUCGGUAGCUCAUAUUAUUAUUCUGGUCCAAAAAUUCCAUUAUUUCCGGCAACAUAUUGUCCACCUAUUAUAGCCCCCACUAUACCGACUACUACUAAUUAUUAUCAGCUAAUACCGACUGUUUAUCGUCCUUAUGUUCCAGUAGUAUAUACAUCACCAUUACCAAUAUGGUAUUCAUCGUGGCCACAUUCAUCAUAUUUUUGGAAAAUUCGUUCACAAAAUGGAACAAAUACAACGGAUUAUAUUUAUAAAUCAAAAUGGUAUUCACCAUUUUGGAAAUAUCAGGGUUCCAUUCAACAUUUUCCAUUAUCCAAUGAAACCAAAAAUGCUGAUGAUGAUUCUUCUUCUUCUUCUUCUUCUUCUUCAGCAGUGGAAAAAGAAUCCGAACCGAUAAUGAUGAUGAAAGAAAAUGAAACCGAACAGCUGGAAAGAGAAUCAGAACCAAUGAAUGAAAAUAAAAUGGAAAUGAAAAAUGAAAUUGAAGAAGAAAAAAUCACAGAAAAAAAGAAAAACAACAAAAAAACAAAAAAACGUGAUGUUAUAGUUGAACCAACAACAACAACACGGUCAUCGAUUAAUAAACGAAAACGUUCAAAUUGAAUGAAAGAAAAAUUUCUGCAGUGAAAAAAAUUGCGCCGUUUAAAAUUGACAAAAAAAAUGACCA